AAAUAACCAUUUCAAGUAUAAUCUCAUCACCAGCCAAACUUUCCUGCUUUGUUUGCUAAUUUUCUCUGCCUCUCCAUAUUAUUCUUUGUCGGUGUUCUUGUUGAUUAGUUGUAUGUUAUGGAGCUCCAAUUGGGUCUUUCUCUGGCUCUUCCAGUUCACAAUCCUGUUAAAGGGUUUGACAUGAGCAACCAUGGGGAUGGGGUUGAGAAGAAAGAGAUAUUGGCGGGUUUGGGUUUGGAAAGCAUAAAAAACCAAGUUCGAAACAAGCGCAGUUUUGAUGUGGCUUUUGAUGAGAGUGCCGGAAAUGAGUCGAAAAUGUUGCCCUUGUUAUUGUGGAGUGGCCAGCCAAAUGAGGAAGAUGAUGAGAAAGGGCAAAAGAGAAGAGACUCUGUCAGUGUCGUUACCAAAAAUGAAGGAGAAGGAAACCAUGUAGUUGGGUGGCCACCAAUAAAAUCAUGGAGGAAAAAGAUGCUUCAUCAACGCCACGGCGUCGGCCAUGAUCACCAUCAUCAUCAGUACCCUCAUCACCAGAAUCAGAUAUUGGUAGCUAAUUCCAUGUCCAUGAUGGUGAAGGUGAAGAUGGAAGGGGUGGGAAUUGUGAGGAAGAUCGAUAUAAGGCCUCAUCACUCUUAUCAGACGCUCAAAGACACCUUGAUAACCAUGUUUUCCAAAUGCAAAAGAUCAGGUGGCAAAGAGGGUGGUGGUGCAGGUGCAGAAUAUAUACUUGCUUAUCAGGACAAACAAGGAGAUUGGCUGCUCGUCGCAGAUGUUCCCUGGCAAACCUUCAUCAAGUCCGUGCAGCGCCUGCAGAUACUGAGGAAUGGAGGUUGAUGGGCUAGCUGCUGCUGCUGCUGCUGAUAGGGUUGCUGCUAAGUCAAGCAUAAUUAGUAGUACUCUUUGUUCAUAUUUUGCCUAGUGGGAAAGGAAAAGCAUAUGUAUAUUGAGAAUGAAAAAGGAGAUUCGCUUGAAUAGGUAAUAUUUGCGACCAAAUUAUCAAAGUUUGUAACUUUAUAAUAGAAAAGGGGUAAUAAAAGUGGAAUGCAGCACAAAUUUGUUUC